AGGUGGCCCUAAAAGGGACGGCCUGGGUUUGGUGAUCCGAGGUUCUCGGCCUGGGGGGUACCCGAUGAGGGUCCAGCAACGGUCACGGGUGUGACCGUCUUUGCCACAUGCGGUGCACUUCAGAGGAGGACGGGGUCGACUGGUGGUGCGGGUGGCCAUGACCAUGGUCUCGGACGACAUUGGUUGGAGGUUGAGAAGCCUCUGUUGUUCUUCCUGAAACAAGAUUGAAAAAACUUUACCGAUAGAUGGAAGUGGGUCCAUUGCCAGAAUCUGAGUGCGAAGAGGAGCAAAGGUAUCGUUGAGCCCAAGGAGAAAUUGAAAAACACGUUCAUCAUCAGCUUGCCGUUGCAUGUCUUUGAGGUCAGUGGCGGUUUGGAGAUGACUAAGUUCAUCCCAUAAUUGUUUGAUUUGGUUGAAAUAGUCAUGGACAGAGGUUGUGUUUUGAUGCAGGGAGGAAAGGGCUCGUUUGAGGUGGUAAAUGCGGGCAUUGUUUCCAUGACAGAAACGGGAAGAGAGGUCGAGCCAGACAGCGCGGGGAUCGGUAUGAUAUUCAAGGGAAUUGGCAAGGGAAGGGCUGAUGGAGUUGAGGAGCCAGGUAAGGACCAUAUCCUUUGUUUGAUUCCACUGAGUAUAUUCGGGUUUGGUAGGUUCAGGGGGUAUGAGGGUGCCAUCGAUAAAACCAAGUUUAUUUUUGGCAUUAAGGGCUCGGGUGAUGGCUUUUUGCCAUUUGGGGUAGUUGUCGCCGGUGAGAAGACCAUUGACAAGAAGUAGACUAGGAGAAUCGGAGGGAUGGAGAAGAUAAGAGGAGGGAAUGGCUAGAGUGUUGUUCUCGGCCAUGGCUGGAUCUUUUUGUUAGGCUGAUACCAUGUUAAGAAUUGAAAAGUAGAUAGAAUUGAGCUACGUGAAUUGUUUAUUUCAUAUCAAACUAUACAAAUAAAUAGGCAUACAAUAGGUUAUGUAAGGAAAGUUUAUACAAAAGGAAAGUAAACUAAUGUGAUGGAGACCUAAAAUUAAGCUAAUUACAGAAAUUGUGCAAGUCUUGAUAUGGUAAGAAAACUGUCAAUGGAUAGCUGUCAAUACUUAAUAAUCUCUUCCAAUAUUCAAGUACAAGAAGCAAGCAGUAGAAAUUUGUAGUGGUGAAAGAAAAUUGUAAAAAGUUCAAAACUUCCUAGCUCCCAAAGCAAGAUCCUCGUCCACCACAACAACACAAGUGCACAUGUCAAGCUUCAGCCUCAGGGACUCAUCCGCGGCAAUGGAAGAAGUAGCAUCAAAAUCUGUGGAACUACCUCAACAAAUCAUGAUUUCCAGUGGUCUCACCAUCAAGAUAGCACCUAGUUGCAAAAGAGCAGGCGUAGAGACUGGUGUUCCCUGUAGUUCUAAUUUAGAUUUGCCAUCUCCAAACAUAAAAAACUCAAUGGAAUCAUCCCCAUACAACUCUCCCUCCCUUGUGUCGCCAUCUUCAUCAGCAUUUGUUUUAGUCUUGCAGUCACCUUACAUAUCCCCAAGGGCCAUGACCCCAAAACUACAAGAAAACCAAACUCCCCUUACCCUUCCAUCACCAGCGGUCUCAUUGGCCGGUGAUGUUUACAUUGGCUUCCAUGGCCAAAACCCCAACCUAGUGCGCUUCUCUAAGUGGCUUAAGUCGGAGCUUGAGCUUCAGGGAAUUGCUUGUUUUGUUGCGGACAGAGCGAAGUACUCUGAUAGUCAGAGCCACGAGAUUGCUGACCAUGUUAUCUGAUCCGUCACAUAUGGGGUUGUGGUUGUGAAUAAUUCCAGUUUUCUAAACCAUCUCAACUUAGAGGAGAUGAGAUUCUUUGCUCAGAAGAAGAACUUGAUUCCACUCUUCUUCCACAUGGGACCGGCUCAGAUCAUGGGCCUUCUCAACUAUAAUUUCAUUGAUAAAGAAUGUAAAGAGGCAAUGGAUGGACUUACCAAGUGCAAUGAAUUCAGGCUAGAAGCCAAUGAGGGUAACUGGAGAAGCUGUGUAACCAAAACUGCUGGUGUUCUACGAACAAAGCUUGGUCGCAAUGGUGUGGCCGAGAAAGAUGGGGUAGUAGAAGGAUUUGAUGAGAUACCCUUCUCGAGAAAUAGAUUUUUUGUUGGAAGAGAAAAGGAACUUUCGGAGGUUGAAAUUCUCUUAUUUGGAUGUGGGGAUUGUUAGGAGCAAGUUUGUUCUGCGCAUGCCAUCAGGGGAGAAGCCACUGGGCAAUCUGAAGGCCUGGCAGAUGAGGAAAGCGACGUGGUUAUGACUAGAGGAGCGGGGAGAUACAUCAGUUUGGAGAUGGGUAAGAGCAAAGAACCAAUUUUGGAGGCUUGGAUAGAGCCAGUUUUAGGAAGGAAUUCAUUUGAGAGGUGUAAGUACAAGAAAUCCAAGAGUUUGGGCAGUAAUGUGAUUUGCAUAAAUGGGGUUCCUGGCAUUGGUAAAACGAACCUUGCACUAGAAUUUGCUCACAUGUAUUCACAAAGGUAUAAGAAGGUUUUGUGGGUUGGUGGGGAAGCUCGAUACUUUGGGCAACACAUGUUGAAUCUCUCUCUCAAUUUGGGAUUGGAUGUAACCGCUGAUGCUGAAAAUGAAAGGGGGCACAUUUGGAGCUUUGAGGAAUAAAAAUUUGAGGCUUUCAAGAGAAUCAAGAAGGAGCUAUUCCGGGACAUGCCUCACUUACUGAUUAUUGAUAAUCUUGAGACGGAGAAAGACUGGUGGGAAGGAAAGGAUUUGCAUGAUUUGAUCCCAAGGAACACUGGAGGGUCUCAUGUGAAUAUUACAACUACGCUAUCCAAGGUAAUGAAUUUUGAUACAGUGCAGCUUCCUCCAUUGCCAUUGUCUGACGCAAUGGUUUUGAUAAGAGGUAGAAGGGAGAAAGACUAUACAGCUGGUGAGUUAGAAUUUUUGGAAAAAUUUGAUGAGAAGCUGGGAAGGUUGAGCUAUGGUUUGUGGUUGAUUGGAUCACUACUGUCUGAACUUGCAAUUGGCCCUGCUUCUCUCUUUGAAGCUAUAAACUAGGUGCCACUCAAUGAUGGUUCUCUUAUGAGCAACACUGAAGAACAGUAUUGGAAGAAAAAUAAUUUCCUCAUGAAAGUGCUACAAUUUUGCUUCUCAAUCUUACAUCAAAUUAAUGGCAGAAGGAACCUUCUUUCCUCAAGAAUGCUUCUAGCCAGUGGUUGGUACCCCACACCCAUUUCAGCAAGUUUGCUCGCUGCUGCAGCAAAGAAAAUGCCUGCCAUGGGAAACCGUUUCAAGAAGUGGACCAAAUGCGUAGCUCUCACAUUUGGGUGCUGUGCUAUUUUAGCACCUCAAACUUGCAAGAGCGAGGAAGACUCGGCCAUAAUUCUGGUUAGAUUGGGGCUAGCACGAAGAGCCAACAAACAGACAGGAUGUUGGAUCCAGUUGCAUCCCAUAAUGCAGAUAUUUGCAAGAACAAAAGAAGAUUUGCAAGCUGCCGAAGCCACAAUUCAAGGUGUGAGGAAAACGGGAAAUCCAUUAGCCAACUCAAACCAUCUAUAGGCUUCAGCUUUCCUUGUUUUUGGAUUCAAAUCCAAACCCCCACUCGUCCAAUUAAAGGCAAUUGAGAUGGUUUUAUACGUCAAAAGAACAACUCUCCCUCUCGCAAUUCAAGCCUUCAAAACCUUCUUAAGGUGCAACUUGGCAUUGGAGCUAUUAAAGGUGUGCACAAAUGUACUUGAAGAAGCAGAGAAAUCGUUUGUCUCUUGGAUACAAGAUUGGUGUCAUGGGUCACUUUGUUGGAAGAAAAAAUGUCAAGGUAAUCAAAGGGUAGACGAGUAUGUGUGGCAGGAUAUGACAUUGUUGAAAGCUACGUUACUCGAGACUAGAGCAAAGUUGCUGUUGAGAGGGCAUUUUGUCGGUAGUGAAGACCUCUGCAGAACUUGUAUUAGUAUUAGAAUGGUGAUGCUCGGACAUAACCAUGCCCAAACCUUGGCUGCUCAAGAGACAUUGGCCAAGCUAGUGAGGAUGAGGAGCAAGAUAUGAAUUAUGAAGUUGCCUAACAUCAAAAUAAUGAAUCCCGCGUUUUGGAGAACUCAUGUAUCAGUUAUAAUUAGCAUACUUGCUCAUAAAUUUCUCUCAGGAUACUAGCAAUUCACGUUCAAUUGAAACUUCCUAUUAAAAUAGUUUGAUCAAAGACCAAAAAUAUGUCCAUAUCUCUCUGAAUGUAUCGACUUAAAUUUCAAGCAGAAACUCUCAUGUAGAGGUGACUGGUCUUGCAUAUGACUUACCAACCAGACUAUGUUAUCAUCCAAAUUCAACUAAAAAUUACAUCCUGAUCAAUCGAAGAGUACGGGAGUUGAUAAUGGUUA